AUGCCCUCACACUCUGGACCUCCCUUUCAGGGGAGUGGCCGACGCGACGCGACGUACGACCACCUUGACGACCUUCGCACCACCUCCAUCUUUUCGGGGCUGUCAUCUCUUCUUCUCUCCGACAAGUUCUCCGACAUGACCAUCACCUGCGGUGGAAGAACGUUCAAAGCGCAUCGCGCCAUAGUCUGCCCCCAGUCUUCCUUCUUCGACAAGGCAUUUUCUUCCGGCUUCAAGGAAGCUUCCUCCUCCACGAUCAAUCUACCGGAGGAUGACCCUGAUGUUCUCCAACGCCUACUCCAGUUUCUCUACACCGGGAACUACGAUGAAGGCGUUUCUUUCAACCGGGAAAGACCAUCCGAAGUUUCGUUUCUGAGCCCAGAAGAAGUUGGCAUUGAGAUGGCAGCACCUAUCGGAGUUGCGAUCCCGUAUCGCCGCAAGCAGCCCGGUCAUGCUACUUCUCAGUCAAGGCAAGGUCACGAUUCGACCAGUGGCGAGGAAGAAGAAGAAGAAAAAGAAGAAGACGAUGACGAGUAUGACGAAGGAGAGUAUGGCGAAGGACUCUCGACCGGAUACUACGCGUCAAGGGACGGCGAUUAUCAACCGAAUGCCCAAAUGAUUGGGAUGGGCAAUCAUUUACACGAGCCCGAUGAGGAGUACGACGACUUCACCAGCAACGUGAAUGAAGCAGCUGUGGAAAGCCGUGACAUCUUAGGAGUUGGUGAGGUGUUUAAUACCGAAUCUGAGAGACUAGCCGCAGUUCGGCAGCUGUCGAAUAUGCGCCAAGAACUCUUCCUUCACCUGCGGCUAUUCAUCAUGGCCGACAAGUACGACGUUCCGGCACUCAAGCUUCUGGCCCGAGAACGCUUCUACAGGUCGGCGGAGCAUACCUGGGAGGUAGCGGAUGAGUUCCCCAAUAUUGUUGACGAGAUCUACACGAAUACCACCGAGGCGGAGGUUGCGAUGCGCGAGAUAGUCUGUCGCCUCGUCGGCAGUCGGCUUACGUGUGAUGAUGCGCGGAAGAGGAUGGAGUGGGUCAUGAAGAAGCACGGCGAUUUCGCGGUUGGCGUUAUGAACUAUUACAUCGCGCAUGACGCAAGAGAAAGGAUAUGGAUUUAG